AUGGAACUUCGAUUAACUGAAUCUACAAAGCCGUGGUCAUGCCAAAUUUCUCUUCGUAAAGAAUAUGAUGAUGAAAACGGAAAACGUCUUUCUCGUCCAAACGAAACCAAAUUUGGUGACUCGAUCGAUAAUCCGGAUAUGGUUGACAUAAUGGCACGUCGUGCUCAAAAGGCGUUGUUAAAUCCUACGCAUGAUAGCAGUAACUUUUUUGAUUGGGAUUUCGGAAAUAAAAAUAAUGAUGAUGAUCCUCAAUUGAAUCAUCUAAAGUUUACGAAAAACGUCGUAUGUAUGGAAAUAAAGGGACCCGAUGUUACAAACCUAAGUUUGAUUGAUCUACCCGGAAUCAUUCGACAUACUGAGAAAGCUGAAGAUAGAAAAUUUAUUAAUUUGAUCGAAGAACUUGUAAAGGAAUAUAUUAAAAAUGACAAAUCUAUUAUAAUUGCAACAAUUUCAUGUAAGGAUGACAUAGAAAACCAGGCAAUUAUCACUCACGCAAAAGUAGCAGAUCCUAUGGGUGCCC